UACUGCUUCUUAACCAAGUGUGGAAUCGUGGCUUUACGAAUCCGGAAAGUUUGGCAAUGCUUGUAUUCAUUUUAUUAGCGAGAUUCGCCGUCUUUUCCUGCGCAGAUGACAGAUUUUUUGUGUACCCAAGAAUAUUGCAAGAGCGGGCAACAGGUACAAAUGUCAUCCUUCACCUCACUGACACCAUCACGCUGAAUCUCACGAAGAGUUCUGUACUGGCCGACGAGCUCUUGGUGUCCACAAGCAGUCGAGAAGGGAAUCUGAUUGAGAAGGUUGAGACAUCUGCUCUGCAAAAGAGUUUGUACCACGACACGCAUCACCAGUCUUCUGUGAUCGUACGCGUGAGAGAUGGCGCAGCGCAAAUAGUAGGUAUAAUAAACAGCGAUCUAAGGAUAAAGCCUGUUCCAGAAGGCAAGCGUUCACUCCAAGGUGAAAUGCUUCAUAUGAUAUAUCAAGUUGAAGAAAUUAAAGAAAACGCCCCCAAUUUCGACAACGGCCGAUUGGGUCAGAUAACGUCGAGGGAAGAAUCAAACAUGGAAAACUUUGUCAUAGAAGUUCACGUCAUAUCAGACAGUGUGCACCAGAAAGAGUUCAAGACAACUGAGGAUAUAAUUGCGUACUUCGCAGUCAUGUUAAAUGGAGUGAACCUGAGAUACUUAGAUAUGACAAGACCAAGGAUAAAAUUUAUGCUUGUUGGAAUAACGAGGAGUUUAGACGACGUAUUUGCUAUAUACAUGGAAGCAGCUAUUCUUGAAAUGGAGAAAACAUUGGACGGGCUUGCCAAAUAUUACCAGGAAGGAAGAGUUCCCGGGAAACCUGACAUAGUGCACCUGAUUACAGGCCAAGAACUCGCCCUCUUUGAGAACGGUGCUCCGAACAAGGACUACGCAGGACUUGCCAUGACAGGGCCUCCCUGCACUAAAAAGGCAGUCUCAUUAAGCGAAGAUGUUGCCACUGCUUACCGGGGAGUUGGUAUGAUGGCUCACGAACUCGGACAUGUGCUUGGGUCGCCACACGACGAUACACCUAGAUGUCCCUGGUCAGAAGGAUUUCUCAUGAGUUACGCGGAUGGAGGAACCAAAAAGUUUCGGCUUUCGGAUUGUAGUGAAGAAAAGAUACGAUCAUCUUUAAAGGAGAUGCCCCGAGAAUGCCCGAAAAUAGUGGCACACACAGACUACAUGUCCCGGUAUAAGUAUGUUCCUGGUCAAAAAGUGAGUGAGCAGCGCUACUGCAGGAAGCUAAUGAAAAAAUUUACGACACGAAAGGAUAUCUUCUACAAAAAGCCUGCAGAUCUUAAGAACAAGUGCAAAAUGAAGUGCUGCUUUUUAACAGAACCUAAUAUAGAUAAUUGCCUGGUUGCUCUCAUAUUGGAUGGAAUGCCGUGUGGCAAAGGAAAGACAUGUAGAAGAGCAGUCUGUGGAAAGCACACGUGGCCUCAAGAGUGAAAGCCCAUAUAGGUGUAAAGCUUGUGUCAAGUUUUUCACGGAAACGAUUAAGGUGCUUUUGUUUAGGUGCUUUUGUUUUCUUUCCUUGGUCUGAUGCUAUAUUUUGUUCACGUGUACUUAAGUCACCUCUUUCUUAUCACUUGCACGAAUACGUUCUCAUCAGUUGCAUAUUAAUAUGCCCUUUCCUUUCCACCUAACCAGAGCUUCUAUUGGACAGUUUUUUUUCUUAUUGACUGUGUGGUAUCACCAUGAAUAAAAAAGAAUAAUAACGAGG